CCCGGAAGUCAUUUCGGCUUGUCACAGCGUCAUGUCUGAGAUCCUCGACUGUUUGAAAAUGCCAGUUUUAUAAGUGAGUCUGUUGACAUGUACCCACCAUGUGACGGGAAAAGAUAUAACGAUAAUAUAGAGACUAAAAAAAACGCAUUAUAAACGGAUAAUAUAACAUAAACACGGUCACCCACCUCUCCCAGAAGAAGACAGCACAACAGGGCAGAGGCGGAUAGUGGGCACCACAGAAGAAGAAGCAUAUUACAGAGGCGGCGCACUGGAUCGGGUUGUAUUUUCUUGUCAGCUGUGCAGUCUGCGCUGUCUGUGUGUCCCGACAAUAAUCCGACAUCCAUUUAUUAUGUAACUCCGCUGGAUACAGAUAUUUAUAAUCUGAAGUUAUGACAUCACCCGGGCACCCAGCGCAAGCGUUGGGGCUGGCAUGCAAACUGCCGCGACAUGGGGUCACUGGGGUGGCCGAAGUCUUGCAGGGUGGAGCAACUCCUGAAAGAGUCUCAGAGGGACGAUGUCGUGAGCCCGAGACAAAGUUCGCCUUCGGCCGAGAGGAGCGGGCAGACGCCGAGCACGGCCAAGCUAAGAAAGGAGGCGGCGCCCCCGCAGGUCCCCAGCGUGCAGCGUUUGGACGACCUUGGCCUUCCGGACAACAGCGGCGCAGCCCUCGGGCUCAACCCGGACAUCCUGAGCAGCCACAGGCGAAAACACAGCUUGCUGGAGACCGAGAUCAGCGCCAAGAGGAAGGAGUGUCAAGCGCUUGAGGCGGAGGUGAAGAGAAAAAAUCAGACAUGCCAGACUUUGGAGGAUGAGCUUCAAGCCAUUUUCCAGGAGAACCCGCAGUUGAGCCUCCACUUUUUAAACGGCAGUCACAAAUCAUCCGAAUAUGAGAAGGUGAAGUCCGAGUAUGCCCAACUCAAAGAUACGCUCGGUGCUGUGACGCAGGAGAGAGAUUUUGCCCUGUGGGAGAGGAACCAGCUCCGAGGCAAACUGGAGAACCUAGAGCAGGUGCUCAAGUGCCGUGCUGAAAGGUCUUCUGACCAGGAGCAGUGAAAGAGUAGAAGCUGGGAUUGCCUCCCUUCUAUUGCAAUAUUUCACGUUUUCCCCACCCCCAUUCCUACAUGCCUCUCCCCCUGCUAGAAUUUGAAGCAUAUGCGCGAGGCUGCGGAGCGGCGGCAGCAGCUCGAGUUGGAGCAUGAGCAGGCCUUGGCUGUACUCAAUGCAAAGCAGCAGGAGAUUGACCUGCUU